UAUGAUAAACGUUUCAAAACCUCACAAAUCGCAAUGAAAUAAAAACAUUAUUGAUAGCAUCGGUAUUCGUAGUAUUUUGCAUCGAUUUCUCUCGCGUCCACUUGCGAAUUACUUACGGCGGUGAACGAAUGAAAUACCAUUCUACGCUGCGUACUAAAAUCCGGUAUUACCGUUGCGACAGUCGUUGCCCGUCGUUACACGUUACUCGUUAGCAUUCCAACGCGCACAUACAACAGCGAGACACGUCGACGCAGGCGUCGCACUCAGUCGCAGUCGAUCAGCGGUGUUCACGUCUCAAUCAGCGAGUCAGGUCUUAGUCUCCAUUUGGUUGCGCAGCUCCGGGCGUCCGUACCCGGAAAGAUGAGCGAACAAGUUGAAAAUAAGCCCGUGAGGGUCUGGUGCGACGGUUGUUUCGACAUGGUGCACUUUGGUCACGCAAACUCGCUGCGACAAGCCAAAGCAUUGGGACAUUAUCUGGUCGUAGGCAUACACACCGAUGACGAAAUCACCAAGCACAAAGGGCCACCCGUUUUUACAGAACAAGAGAGAUCCAAAAUGGUGAGAGCAAUUAAAUGGGUUGAUGAAGUAGUUGAAGGUGCUCCUUACGUAACAAAUCUCGAAACUUUGGAUCAACAUAAUUGUGACUUUUGUGUUCACGGAGAUGAUAUAACGGUUACAGCAGAUGGAGUUGACACAUAUCAUCUUGUUAAAAAAGCUAAUAGAUAUAAGGAAGUGAAACGAACUGAAGGAAUUUCAACUACGGAUGUAGUAAGCCGUAUGUUGUUAAUGACAAGACAACAUUUUUACAAGGGUGAUAAAGAAUAUGAAGUGGAAAAAGAGCAUUCCUCAGUGAUGGGUCAAGACAAAGCUGCCAGAAGUCCAUGGACUGGAUGUUCUCAAUUUUUACCUACUACCAAUAAAAUAAUUCAAUUCAGUGAAGGCAUCGAACCUAAGCCCACUGAUAGAGUAGUAUACGUUGCUGGUGCUUUCGAUAUAUUUCAUGUUGGUCACUUGGAUUUUUUAGAAAAAGCCCAUCAGCAUGGUAAUUUUCUUAUUGUUGGCUUACACACUGAUCCAGUAGUUAACCAAUACAAAGGCUUGAAUUAUCCAAUUAUGAAUUUACAUGAACGAGUCUUGAGUGUGCUUGCCUGCAAAUAUGUAUCUGAAGUUGUUAUUGGAGCUCCGUACAGUGUAACGGCUGAUUUAAUGAAACAUUUUCAUGUUGAUGUUGUGUGCCACGGUAAAACACCAGUAAAGAUGGACAUAAAUGGUGAAGACCCAUAUGCGCUUCCAAAAUCGAUGAAUAAAUUUGUGAUUGUUGAUUCAGAAAAUAGCAUGACAACAGAAAAAAUUGUCGAGCGUAUUAUAAUUCAUAGACUCGAGUUUGAAGCUAGAAAUUUUAAAAAAGAAGCUAAGGAGUUGGCAAUCAUCAAACAAAUGGAAGACCAAUUAGAAAAAAUAAAAGUGGGAUCAUGCUAGUAUUUGUUUGAGUUAAUUUUUAACCGAUCAUAAAAUGUGCUGAUAAUAAGUCAUGUAAUUGAUUAUUCAUCCAAAUAAUUUUAAUACCAUGUUACCAAUCCAUAGAUUGAUCAUUUUCUUCUUUGUGUAUCUGUAUUUGUUGUUUGAUUUUUAUUUAUUAAUUUAUUAUUAUUAUUAUUAUCAUUACUAUUGGCUAAUUAUACAAUACUACAAUAC